AUGGAAAAGAGAGCAGGCUAUGAUGGUGAGGGCUUUAUAGAGAGUGUGAAGCAUGCACAUAGGGAAAAUAUGAGACCACAGCAGUGGAAACACAUGGCAUUGGCUGCUAGUGAUGACAGUGCGCUGGUCCCCUCAGUAUUGGAGCAAGUUCUGAUGCAGGUUUCCAAGGACCUCGCAGACAAAAAGGCAUUCUUGGGGUCAGGGUGGGUUGGGGGAAAGCCCAGCAGCAGGAACAUUCCCCAUUGGGUUCCAAGAACCUUGCAGGUGAAAAGGCGGGCUUGGUGGGAGGGUGGGUUGGUGGUUGAGGAAAAGAAAGCUCAACAGCAGGAACCCUCCCCUCUGGUUCUCUGGUUCCCUUGGCACUGGAGUAGGGUUCUAAGGACCUCACAGGCGACAAGGCAGGCUUGGGGGAAGGGUGGGUUGGGGAAAAAAAAAGCCCAGCAGCAGGAACAUUCCCAGCUAGCUGGCCAGAAAAGCUUAAGGAGUUGGAGAGGGGCCCCUGGAUUCUGUCCUACUGCGAAGGUCCCAGAGAGUGGCACUUCUGGCUGUCAGGCCGUGUGGCCACCGACUGACUCUCCGGUUCCCUCAGCACUGGAGCAGGCUGUGUUGCAGGGUACCAAGGACCUUGCAGGUGAAAAGGCAGGCUUGGGGGAGGAGCCUCGAGUCACAGUAAUAGCUGUGACCAUGUCUGAGAAUGGUUCCUGCACCGUCACCCUGAUCUGCACUAUGAAUGGGCCAAACGGUGUCCAGUACAUCUGAACCCAGAAGGACCCAAUCCUUGCCAUUUCCCUUAGUGUCUGUAACCCGAACUUAUUUCAUACCUGCGCAGCCUGGAACCCAGUCAGCCAGAACAGCUCAGAACCUGUCCGUGUCUGGCAGUUUUUUACAGGAGCCUCCAGAAGGAAAACAGUGGGGGAGACAGUGAUAGGGAUCCUGUGAGAGCCAAUGACCCUGUCCUUGGCAUUUCUGACCAGUCAGGAUGCACAGAAUGUGGGCUGGGCAUUUGAGUCAAUUAUCAGCAAAAAACCAAAAAGAGCAGCAACAGCAGAUCCUCACCAUAAGCCCAAGGCUCCUAAAGAAAGGAGGGUGUAGAUCUCUAGUCAGGACCACUCCCUGAAUAUCUGCCAGCUGCAGAUGGAGGAUGCAGGCACCUAACAUGCCUAUGUGUGUUCAGAAGCAUUUAGAGACGCCACUGUGAGACACUUCACCCUGCUCAUCUACUAGAGACUAAAGAAGCCCUGUGUCAUCCAGAGUCCUGUGCACAUGAAGGAUGGCAUCUGCAGGGCUGUUCUGACCUAAUACUCAGUGAAAGAUGGUGGAAACAAUGUGGCAUAAACAUGGAUGCCCCUGCAAAAGGAAACCAUUAUGUCCCAAGGGGAGUCACGCCUCAAUGUGUCCUGGAAAAGUGGUGAAAGCCUGCCGGACUUCACAGGCAGUGAGAACCCUGCCAGCAAUAGCUCCAGCCAAUUUUCUUCUGGAGCCAUCUGUUCAACUUGCUUUCUCUCUUUUCACUCAGGCAUCCAGUGUUUGUGUUCUAAUCUACUUGUGCAAGUCAGUGAGGGAGUGUUGGGGAGAGUCCAUUACAACACCAUCUCAGUGUCAUGGGAAGGCUUGCUCAAAAAUUGCCACAUCCAUGGCUGUCCCGCCUGUGUGACAAAAUGCCUCUCAGGUGGUGGCUGUUUCAAAAUGAGGGGCUCGUGCUUCCCGGAGCUUGGCCCCCGGCGUCUCCCUGGCAAUCUGCUUGAGUUGUGGUGCCUGAUCGGCCUCAACUACCUUGUUCACUUUGUUCCUGAAACCCCAGCUGACCACAUGAAAUAUACGGUGAUAUUCCAAUGGUAUGAGAAACUAGAUAUGCCCACUAAGACUACCAGGCCUAAGCCUGCCUCGGACUCCAGCUCUGAAAACAGUGCAAAUGAAGAGGAUGAGGAAAAGACCAGAAUGCACAACACUGUUGAUGGAAGAAACCAGGGAUAUGACUUGGUCACUCAGGCACAUGAAUUGACCUCUGAUGGGCAAGCAGAGUAUGAAUUAGUCACUUGGGAUGACACAGUGGUUAUGUGUGAGGCUGAAGAGGACACAGCAUACAUACAAGUGUGCCUUAAUAUGCAGGGAAAGACCCCAGUUCCUCAGAAGAAAGAAAACUCAAACACAACCUACUGCUUGGUGCAGAAAUCUAACAUGGUGGAAACCAUUUCCUUUUUCUAA